AUGGUCGUCCAGCACGAAACACCGGUUCUCGUUGUGGGAGCUGGACCUGCAGGCUUGAUCGCGGCGCUGCAGCUGGCCGAGAAUGGCACCAAGUGCUUGCUCGCCGAGCGCAAUCUCGACACGACAAAAUGGCCUAAAAUGGACAUCACAAACUGUCGGAGCAUGGAGCUGUUCAAGCGACUGAAGAUCGACCAGGGUCUCCGAGAAGUCGGUGUACCGCAGCAAUACUCGUUCGACGUCCAUUUCAGUUCGGGCCUCUCGGAUGGAGGUGAACGCAUUGCGAAAUGGGACCUUCCUUCGCCAGACUGGUGGCGUGCUCACAUCAAAGAGCACAAUGACGGUUCGAUGCCUCGAGAACCAUACCAGCGGUGCUCGCAGGCAAUCUUCGAGGCCUGGCUGAAACCACGUAUCCAGGAACAGCCUCUCAUCGAGUCCCAUUUUGGCUGGAAGUUCGAGACGCUGUCCGAGUCGGACACGGGCGUCGAGUGCGACUUUACCGACACCGCAGGAGAAACUCACAGAGUCAGAGCCCAGUAUGUUGUUGGCUGCGAUGGUGCAGGGAGCCGGGUACGAAAAGCCAUUGGAGUAGACCUGAUAGGAGGUCCAGUCCCUGCCAAACUUCACCUGGUUCAUUUCAAGUCGCGCGACCUGAGUCGGAUUCAGCGACAAGGCCAGUUCUGGCACAUUUUUUUCACCACCGGACAUGUCAUCAUCUCGCAGGACGAAGUCGACACGUGGACAGCACAUACUCCCCUCCCUCUCGACUUUGACGUGUCGACGCUCGACCCUGAGGAAACCGUGUACCGUGUCCUCGGAGGCUCGUCCGAGCCGUGGCCCAUCAAGAUCGACGAGGUCCUCGUCACGAGCACAUGGCGGCCCAACAUUUGCAUUGCCGAGAAGUACAUCUCUCCGCACGGCCGCAUCUUUCUGUCGGGCGACGCCGCGCACCAGAACAUUCCGACCGGCGGCUACGGCAUGAACACCGCCGUCGGAGACAGCUUCGACAUAGGCUGGAAGCUCGCGGCCGUGCUGUCUGGCUACGGCGGCCCGUUGCUCUUGCAAUCCUACGAAGUUGAGCGAAGGCCCGUGGCGGCCAGGAACAUUGAGCGGUCGGGCGUGCACUGGCAACAGCACUCCUUCUACAAGGAAUUGGUGGACAAGACGGGCAACGCCGUCACCGCGACGACGGCCGAAGGCGACGGCCUGCGCAGACAGAUUGCCGAAUACAUCACCCUGCACGAUGGAGAGAACAAGGACCACGGCAUCGAGAUGGGCUACCGGUACAACGGGUCCCCUGUCGUUGUCCCGGACGAGGAAAGCCCGACCGAGCCGGAAUGGAACCCGGAGCACUACAUCCCCUCGACGUGGCCCGGUGCGCGGGCGCCCCAUGUCUUCCUGAAGGACGGCAAGACCAGCAUAUUCGACCUGUUCGGACAAGGCAGGGAAUUCUCCCUGAUCGACUUCACACCCGAUGCACGAUACAUCAGGGCCUUCGAGCCCGAGGCCAAGAGGCAGGGCGUCCCGCUCAGACCCGUCUCCCUGCCCGACGAGCCUCACGCGAAACAGGUCUGGGAGGGGCGCGACGCCGUGCUCAUCAGGCCCGACGACCACGUCGCUUGGCGGUCAUCCCAGAAUCCGGCAGGCGGCCUCGAGAAACUUGACAUCGCGCGGAUCCUGGCCGUCGUCGUCGGGAAAGAAUCUUCCCGCCACUCCUCGGCUGGUGCGCACCAAGACGAUCUCGCCCACGUCAAGGCGAACGGCUUCACGGGGACCGUGGGGAACGUGGACCAAGAUAAGGUCGAGGGUCUUGCGCCUUUCCAGAAGUAG